CAUGAUGCACAGACAACGUGCAAUUAAACCUGUGCUCUCUUAAACAAUCGCUGUGGUCAGUAACACGUCUCAGGGACAAGAAAAUGAACUCGAUGGAGGGAUACAUGGACCCCUAUGUGAUUGAAUUUGACGACUUCAACAACUCCGAUGAUGGAUCAGGGGUUGAGGACUAUGAGGAGCUCUGUGAAUCAGCGCACAACAAUGAUUUUAAGAAAAUCUUCCUUCCAAUCGUGUACGGAAUAAUUUUUGUUUUGGGCAUCGUCGGAAAUGGGCUUGUGAUCAUUGUGAUGGGCUACCAGAAGAAGAUGUCCAACAUGACCGACAAAUACCGACUUCACCUCUCUGUGGCUGAUAUGUUGUUUGUGCUUUCGUUGCCCUUCUGGGCAGUUGAUGUGGCGAGCAGUUGGUACUUCGGGAGAUUCCUCUGUGUUGCUGUGCACAUGAUCUACACUGUCAACCUGUACAGCAGCGUGCUGAUUUUGGCUUUCAUCAGCCUGGACAGAUACCUGGCAGUUGUUAAAGCGACCAACAGCCUGUCCACUAGGAAACUGCUCGCCGAGCGCAUUAUUUACCUCGGAGUUUGGCUGCCAGCUGCGCUGCUCACUGUGCCUGACAUGGUGUUUGCAAGAGCGCAGGAGAGGGGCUCCAGGAUUGUCUGCGAACGUAUAUACCCACAGGAGGGCAACGUGAUUUGGAUGGCUGUGUUCCGUUUCCAGAACAUUCUGGUGGGAUUUGUGCUGCCUGGGCUCGUCAUCUUCACCUGCUACUGCAUCAUAAUCUCAAGACUCUCUCAGGGUCCCAAAGGACAGACGUUGAAGAGGAGGGCUCUGAAAACAACAGUCAUCCUCAUUAUUUGCUUCUUCAUCUGCUGGCUCCCGUACUGUAUUGGCAUCUUGUUGGACACUCUCUCAGAACUGAAUGUCAUCCACAGCUGUACGCUGAUGCAGGGCCUUCAGAUUUGGAUUCCCAUAUCAGAGGUGCUGGCUUACUUCCACUGUUGUCUGAAUCCCAUUCUGUAUGCUUUCCUUGGGGUGAAAUUCAAGAAAUCCGCCCGAAGCACACUCAACAGCAGAUCCAGUCAGAAGUUUCUCACCAAGAAGAGGGGACCCAUUUCAUCAGUAUCCACAGAAUCAGAAUCUUCCAGUGUCCUUUCCAGUUAAUAGACCAUUCAAUAGACAUUAUUUUAAAAAGCAACCAGUCCUCAUUUUGUACACAUUUGAUACUUUUUGUGCAAGAUUUCAUUUGUAAUGGUCAGUCCAAAGUAGUACAUCUGUACACACCUUGAGGUUGUGGCAUCUGCUGAUAAAUGACUACUUGUGUAUAUACUGUGUAUUUAUAACGCUGUUCCUUCUUAUACCCAGAGAGAGUGUAAAAGACUCUCUGCUUGUACAUUUUUGUAAAAAGUUUGAUUGCCAUUAUCUAUAGGCACUUACAUUUGCUUUGAAAAGAGGUUAUUUAUUUUUGUGGUAGCUCACACUGUUUUUUUUAGUUGUUUCUUGUUGCAGUGUUUUUGUUGAUUGCCUUGUUGAUAUAGGCUAACGUUCAUAAUAAACUUUGAUGGUUCCUAAAAUA